AUGGAGCACUGAAGAAACUGUAGUGAAAUUGACGGAAUAAAAGGGAGGGAGAGGGGGAGAGAGAGAGAGAGACAGAAAAUAGAAUUGUCCAUUUCAUUCACCAUCACCGCCUUCUACUGUGUCGCCUCCGCUCAGGCCUCAGGGUGGUCCUUCAUCUACAGAAGCCCUUUCUUCUUUUACUAUUACUUCUGGUUUUCUUCUCUCACCGUCUCUCUGAUGGAGAUAUAUCGCCUCUGAACUUUCAGGUGCCGAUUCUGCCGUGCCGUCGUCUGCCUGCUUUUUCGUACCUGAAAUCCUGACCAGUUGCAGUUCUUCAUGAUAAUACCUGCGACAUCACUGACCCUUCAACCCAGUCCUUCCUGUACGUUUAUCCACGUCCCACCCCAACCCUCCAUCAUCGCUCCCAAAUUUUUGAGGAUGGCAGGCUUACAAGUUUCGCCCACCAUCUCCUUCUAGCUAGCUCCACCACCUCUUAACCCCGCUUCAGAGAAAUCCGUAAAUAUUUCGGACAGGUGAUUGGAUCUCUCUUUUCUCUUUCCCUUUCGUAUGAAUGCUUGUAUACACGUCAAGCCACGAUUUGUGAACAUAUUCUCUGAUUUCUCUCUCUCUCACACACACACACUCUCUUUUUCCUGUUUUAAUAAUUUGAGAGAAGUUGGUUUUGUCGAUUGUAGGUUGGUGGGAAAAGCUGGACAAGGUAAUGAUCGCCCGUGGUUUUGGCUUUAAUAUGGAUAUGGAUUCUCUUAGACAUUACACAGACACGUAGAGCUUCUUGCACAGCACUUUUAACUCAGAUACACCCUGCAUGCGCGUUCCAGCCACAGACCACGCCCCAGUCGUUUUCUCCCUAUAUAAUUACAGAACCAGCCAUCCCUACAAGAAACAUACAUUCACAUUACAUAUUAUUCUCUUCAGGCUUCACUCCUAAGCAAAACAGGCAAGAAAGGAGGAGGAGAAAUGAACGGCAAGCCUCAGCCUCAGCCUCAGCAACCCCAGAAGUGCCCUCGGUGUGAUUCUCUCAACACCAAGUUCUGCUACUACAACAACUAUAGCCUCUCGCAGCCUCGUUAUUUUUGCAAGGCAUGUCGAAGGUACUGGACCCAAGGCGGAACCUUGAGGAACGUCCGCGUCGGCGGUGGCUGUCGCAAGCCCAAGCGAAGCAAAGGCUCGGCUUCUUCUUCGUCUUCCACCGACACUAGUUCUGCCCCGUCGUUGUCGCAACCACCGCGAGAGGCGGAGGUAAUGAAGGACCCUUCCGCCGCGAGUCCUGCUUCUGUGGCUACUACCGCGGCGGUUCCAUCAAUCGGCCCCUUUUAUCAAGACGGUGCCUGUGGUGAUGGUGGGUAUUUGUCGUCUCUGGCAGCGAUUCAAUCCUUGAAUCCAUCACAGCCGUUCAAUCAGAUGGGUCCUUGUCCUAAUUUGAGUCUACUUUCUGGGUUCGGUGCUCCUUCUCUGGACUCGUCAAUCCGUCCGCCGCUACCAUUUUAUCAGAUGGGUGUUAUCAGACACAAGGAGGAAGAGAGACUGUAUGAAGCAGACCAAGUUUUGAUUCAAUCAACUACGGCCAAUAGCGGUUCUGCUUCGACUCACCAUGAUUGGACUGAAAGCUUCAUCAAUAACAUCAACCAUAGGGGAUCUGAUGCCUCUCUGUGGAGCACUACCAUGAGUACCGCUUCCGCCAGUGGAAAUUCUCAGAAUCAUAAUGAUACUGUUGCAGGGUGCUUCUUUUCUGGUUGACUGGGAAUACGCUGCACAGCCUAUAAAAACCUGUCUGGCUUUGGUGAUUUUCUGGAUUCAACUUACUCAAAUUUUUUUGUACGAAGAAAACGGCAAUGUGGUUUGGUUGGAGAGUGAAAAGAAGGGGGUUAGAAUUGAUCAUGAAGAACGACAAUUAAGGGGAUUCAUACUAAAUGCAUGCACAAAAUGGAAGGUGAUGUGAUCUCCAGAGAAGAAAAAGUUGGAAAAGAUGUUUCCAUAGCGUGCAUGUGGGGUGGGGUGCAUCACUAGAUAUAUUGGCAAACGAAAAAGAAAGAACUGGUUCGUUUUGGUCUAUGUUAUGACGUGAUUCACAGUGCAUGUAUGUAUAAAUUAAUGUCAAUCUUUUGAGGGCUGA